AUGACACUUGUCUACGGAACCUCCCUCCGACUGCCCGGUGAGUUAGUGUCCCCCUCAAACAUGCUAACGUUUUUUGAACCUUGCAGUUAUGUGGGGCAGCUGCGUAGUGUCAUGCGCAAUCUCCGCGCAACGCCCCCUCGGGCGCCACCGGCCAAUUCCUUCAUCCCUCCCGACCUAGAUAAGUGCAAUUUCGUCUUUGUUCGGCAUGACGCUGUCCGACGACCACUCCAACCACCCUAUAACGGGCCGUAUAAAGUCCUUCGUCGAUCUGACAAAGACGUUGUCAUCGACCGCAACGGCAAGACCGACACAGUCAGUAUUGAUCGCGUCAAGCCGGCGUACAUCGACGACAGUGACCAUUCCUCAUCCCAACACUGCGCCCCACCGCAAACAGUGGUGCCUCCACCUACUGGCGAUAGCCCCCCUCCGGUUCGCCGCGCACGAUCUGGUCGUCACGUCCACUGGCCCGACAGGUUUGUGGCUGGCUAG